GUAAAAAUGACAGCUGGGUUGGUAGCUCAUAACGUUCCUCUAGCCUUUACGGACCACCUGGGGCCUCUCCUAAAAGACUGUUUUGGAGAUUCGAAGACGGCGCAGGACUACAGGUGUGCCAGGACUAAGUCAUCCUGCAUUACUAACAAAGCGCUUGCGCCUUAUUUCACACAAGAGCUUGUGAAGGAGCUCAAAAACAGCCCAUACACCCUUGUUACAGAUGGGUCAAAUGACACAGGAGUGCAAAAGAUGAACCCGCUUACUGCCCGGGUCUUCAUGGGAAGCAAAGUUGUCCACCGAUUUUUGAGCAUGUGCACAACAAGUGGGAAGACAUGUGGGACAGCAAGCGAGAUCUUCGCCAAGAUUAACUCCACCCUAGAGGAGCAUGGUAUCCCUUGGGAGAACUGCGUUGCUCUCUCGGUUGACAAUGCAGCUGUGACCAUCGGACCACAUAAUUCCAUCGCCUCUAGGGUGCUCCAGAAACACCCCAACACCUAUAUUCAUGGUUGUCCUUGUCAUGUGGCCCAUAACACCGCCAAAGCUGCAGGAGGGGGAUUUUUUAAAGUGUCUGGUUUUGAUUUGGAGGACAUGGUAGUGGACAUCGGUUACUGGUUCAAAGGUAGCACAAAUCGGAAAGGAUACCUGACAGGUAUGCAUGUUUGAUACUAUUACGUGUAAUAUUGAAAUGCAGAGCUUUAGAAAAGAUAUGAUAUGGAAUUAAAUGUUUGAAACAGAGUUUUGUGAGCUGCAUGAAGCUGAGUACAUGGAGGUCCUCCUGCACAUCUCAGUUCGUUGGCUA